AUGAUCGCCGUGGCCUCCCUCUGCCUCGUCUACGUCGGCUCGCAAAUCGUCCUCUACUUCGUCUCCUCCAACCUCACCGCCAUCUCCGAGACCAUCGGCACGCGCUUCGGCAACUGGAUGAUCACGGCCAACACGCUGGCCGUCGCGGCCAUCUGUCCCUUCGUGGGCUAUGUCACGGAUCUGUUUGGCCGGCGCUGGGUGUGUCUGUUUGGGACGUUCAUGUUGAUUUUGGCGAGUAUUGUGCAGGCGACGGCGGAGAAUUUUGGGGCUGCGGUGAGUGCGCAGGCGAUUGGGGGGAUUGGGGCGGGGAUUUGUGAGUUGGUUGCGCUGGCUGGUGUCGCGGAGAUCACCCCUGUCCGAUGGCGAGGCGUGACCCUCUCGGUCGUCACUUUCUCCAUUGUACCAUUCAUGCCUCAGCUGCUCUAUUCCGUCCUCAUCACUCGAGCCUCGACCUGGCGCUGGUGCUUCAUGAUCACGGGAGGCUGGAACUUCAUCGGUAUGGUCGGGCUGUUCUUCUGCUAUAAGCCACCACCACGACACAUGCACGACGGCCUUACGACUAUGGAUAUCAUCAAGCGCAUCGAUUGGAUUGGCGCGUUCCUCUCCAUCGUUGGUGUUACGCUCUUCCUUGUGGGACUUCAAGCUGGUGGAUAUCAAGUCCCCUGGGUCUCUGGCCGUGCUCUGGGUCCGCUCAUCGUUGGCGGUUUGAUGACUUUCGUUGCGUUCCCCCUGUGGGAAGUCUACGGUCUUCACCCCUACCCAAUGGUUCCCCCCAAGAUCUUCAAGGGCCAGCGCGUCGUCGCCCUAGCCUACGUGAUCGUCUUCGUCGCCGGCAUGGACUUCUACUCCAUCCUUGGCUUCUUCCCCAUCGUCCUCCAAUACGUCUUCAACACCGACCCCAUCACCAUCGGCGUCCGCGGCCUCUGCUACCCCUGGGCGAUCCUCGGCGGCGCCUGUAUAGUGUCCUACCUAAUGUCCUACACCAAGGGCCACGUGCGCACCAUGUUCCUCAUCUGCGCCGCCAUCAUGACCGCCUUCACGGGCGCCCUCGCACACUCCACCCCGGACAACUCCGUCUACACCAUCACAAUGGCGACCUUCUCGGCCUUCGGCAACGGCGCCCUCGUCGUCCCCGCCCUCACCCUCGCCUUCUACGCCGCGCCCGACGAAUUCGUCGGCACCGUCGGCGCCCUCUCCCUCUCCGUCCGCUUCCUCGGCGGCUCCAUCGGCACCGCCAUCUACUUCAACGUCUUCCUCAACCAAUUCAGCACCAACCUCCCCGCCUACGUCGGCGCGGCCGCGGUCCAGAACGGCGCCGACCAGGCCCUCACCGUCGAGCUCGUCAAAGCCUACGCCUCCCAGGUCCCCGGCGCGGCGGCCAUGGUUCCCGGCGCGACGCAGGCGAUGGUCGCCGCGACGCAGUAUGCCAGCCAGUGGGCGUACGCGGAGAGUCUGAAGUAUGUGUGGUAUACGACGAUUCCGUUUGGGGCAAUUAGUUGUGUGUGUUGUGCGUUUUUGCCGAAUAUCAGGCAGUUUAUGACGAGUAAGAUUGCGGUGGAUAUUCAUUGA